CGCAGACCGACUACGUACCAACGCUAUUCCGGGAUUAUAUAUCCGCCGCUCGUCACGUAUUUUCAUACAUUGCGCAUUUGGGCCCUGCGAGCAGCACAAUAUCACGACGGUUUAAUAUAUUCCGACAAAUAAAGAUUUCGAAUGGCCAACUACAUUCACGUACCCGACGAGGCUCCCGCCGUGCCCAAAAUAGACGUAACAGUUGACGAGAGCGACUACAGAUCUGGUGCACUGAGGCUGAUCAAGGAGCUGAGACCCAACUGGAAGCCAUCCGAGGUCAAACUGAAGUUUUUUACAGAUGGGAUAACUAACAAGCUGCUGGGUUGCUACGUGGGUGCAGUCAUGCAAGAUGUAGUCCUGGUCCGUAUUUAUGGCAACAAAACCGAGUUGUUGGUCGACCGGGAGAAUGAAGUCAAAAGCUUUCGCGUGCUACAUGCAAACCGCUGUGCCCCACACCUAUACUGCACCUUCAACAAUGGACUUUGCUAUGAAUUUCUGCAAGGAACUGCCUUGGAGCCAGAGCACAUUCGCAGCAAACCUGUGUUCAGUCUUAUUGCCGGGCAGCUGGCCAAGUACCAUGCCAUCCAUGCCCACAAUGGCUGGGUGCCCCAGUCUGACAUGUGGCUGAAGUUGGGCAAAUACUUUGCUCUCAUCCCCAAGUACUUCAAGGACCCAGAGCGGAACGCCAGGUUGAGCACGGAGGUGCCAAGCUCACGGUGCCUCCGAGAAGAGCUGGUGUGGCUCCAGCAGAGCCUGUCUGUGCUGGGCUCCCCAGUUGUUCUCUGCCACAACGACCUUCUCUGCAAAAACAUAAUUUAUAAUGCGGAGGCAGGCAAUGUAAAGUUCAUUGACUACGAGUAUGCUGGGUACAAUUACCAAGCCUACGACAUUGGGAACCAUUUCAAUGAGUUUGCCGGCCUGAAUGAGGUGGAUUAUAGUCACUACCCUCAGAGGUCCUUUCAGCUGCAGUGGCUCCGCUCCUACCUGGAGGCCUAUAAGGAGCACAAAGGCCAAGGCGACGAAGUGACCGAUAGAGAGGUGGAGGUUCUUUAUGUCCAGGUCAACCGAUUUUCCCUGGCGUCUCAUUUCUUCUGGGGGCUCUGGGCUCUGAUUCAGGCCAAAGUCUCCACCAUCGACUUUGAUUUCUUGGGAUAUGCAGUCCUGCGCUUCAACCAGUACUUCAAGAUGAAACUGGAGGUGGCCGCGCUGAACUUACCCGAAUAACAAGCCCCCACCCCCACCACCCCCCUUCAUCUUCUCUUCUUUUCUCUCUUCCUCCCUCCCAACCUUCUCUGAGGCUCACAUGAAGAAUGCGGAGAGCCGUCUAGGGGUGUACGCAGGGAAGUGCCAGAUUCAGAGUCUGUCCUGCUCGGUGCCUACGGGUCUCCUCUGCAUGUCCUUAUCUUUUAUUGAUGAAAAGGGCCGCACGCUUUUCCUUCCUCUGACUAAACAUCGUUGUUAACAGGUAGCCCUGGUCAUUUGGAAUGUGGGCGAGUGUGACGCAGAGACUCGAACCCUGCUGUAAUGUGAAACCCACAUGGGAGAAUAGUUUUUUUUUUUUGGUUUCAAUUAUUCUAAUAUCUAUUAGAUAUUAACAUGAUAUCAGCGUAUCGUAUUUGUCAGCUGCUUUUCUUGGGUCUCAAAUCGCCGGGAAUAAGAUGAAGGAGGAAUGUCAGCUUAUUCAUAACCAACACGUAGUAACCGCCUGCAGGACUGACUGAAGUGGCCUAAACACUAAUCUGCACUCCAUGGGGUAAAUACUCUCAACGGCCGGACCAGCUAAUUACCAAAUUUCUAACAAUAUCAAGGCAAAACAGAGCCAGCUAUGUUUGUUGUAAAGAAGAAACAAAAUAAUGCCAACAGGGCGAGACCAGUGCUGUCCCAUAGUCUGAUGAGUUGAGCCGAAUUACAAAAAGAAUCCUCGUGAUCUGCCUUGUGACUCUUGUUUUCACCCUUAAAAACUGUGCACUCGUUGUUUUUGUCGCAGUGCGUCUCACUGUAAUUUGAACAUUCCGUGUUCAUGAUGCUCGAUAGGAGACUCGGUUGUGGUUCCCAUGGUCGGUUUGAUCCGUUCACUGUGACGUGGUCUGUAAGACAUGCUGCGCUAAACGAGACCAAACCAUUUUUUCUUGUCUGCUCCGAGUCGAGUGACGUUUGAGAAUCAUCUUUUAAUAUUACAAAACAGUGCUGUUAAGUCCUAAAGGAAGUCGAGGCGGUUCGAUGCGUGAUUUGACCUGGUCGACCUCCGGAUCGCUGAGCCACUGUUUGCACUCGUCAUGUUUAAGCGCCCAAUGUUGAAGGUCUGUUAAAAAGAGGAGUUUUGUCAUAAAGAAAGUGGAGUAGGUUGGUUACGCACAUCUGUGUCUAGUUUAAAACAAUGUAAUGAAUGUGAGGGGUUAGUGGGACCCAAGGAGCAAGAGCGCCACCUGUUGGAGGAAAGAAAUAACGGUAGCUGCCAGUAAACUGUCUUGGUGUGUGUGUGUGUGUGUGUUUUUUUUUAAAUGCGCUUUAGGAGGCCUUCGAAAAACCUCAACCUUUUGGUUACUUUAACAGGCCUACACCAAAGUGCUGACAUCCGUUUUGUGCUUGUACAUAGUGUGCAUUGUUCCAAUUUCCAUGUAGCACAAGGAGAAUUAGAGUUACAGUUGUAUAGACUUUUUAUACUUUAUUAUGUGAUAAAGGCCGAGGUCUUCGAGAGUGUGUGGAUGUUUGCUGAUGGAACCCCAGAUGGCCCCUGGACAAAUAUAGCAUCAUUUGAGAAACUAUUCAGUAAACUGUGGGCAAACAGGUUUUCUCAAUUACUCCAAAAUGGUUUGCAACUCAUGCAUUUUUUUUUUCCCUGGCGCGCGCCGCUGUAAAAGGUUUGCAAAGCUCUGAUUGUCCAUGUGUGGUUUUCUUAGGCUCUGACAGUGUCUUUAUUUUUGUCCAUCCAGUUUUAAAGUUUGAAGGUUUAAAGCUUAAUACGGUUUCAUUUAGAUUUGCUUGGUGGCAGACCUGAUAUGAAUUGGAAAAGGAUUCCGUAGGUGAAGAUCUUCUAUUGAAGCGAAUUUCACGGGUUUUCGUAAGUUAGCAGACGACUUGUAUUGGUUAAGGGUACAUGAAAGAUGGUUUUCUGGUGGGUGUCUGAUUUUAACCCCACGAUGUCAGAAAACAUUUACACACAUCAAUUUGACUGCCACGUUAUCAGAAUUUUUACAAUGUUAAAAAUUGUACUGCUGAAAUAUUUCCUGAUAGGGACCUCCACUACUAUUUAACAUUGUAUAAAAAAAAGCUCAUUAAUUUCAUUGGACACUUUAGCAUUUGUUUAUAUGUACAGUAAGCACAUGUAAUAAAAACUUUGCUUGUUAUGAAAUGUGAAUGAAUGUACAUAGGAGUUCUUUUAUUUUCUAAAAGUUGGAUUAAAGUGAAGUUGCCUGGGCUAAAAGGUGAAAUAAAAAAUACAUUUUCAAUACUGUAAACACACUUUAAAAAAUAAAGUAUAUUUACCCGUA